CAAAAAAACAUGAGGGUACGUGAUCGAUUCAGAGGCUGGGACGUUACGGAAUUUGUGCCCCACGCUUCUUGCGUGCUCGGAACGAUCGAAAAUUGACGAUCUGUUGAAUUUUUGGACUAAAGGGGUUAUGAUUAUUUAGAAAUGACUUCUUCAAAAAGUAUGGAAUUUCGAAAGGUGUGCUCGUUUCUUUGGAUUUUAUGCCUUGCGACAGCAUCCCAGAUGUAUUCCUACCGAUUUAAAGUAUAUCCUGUGGACGAAUGUCCCAUGAACAAAACAGAGUUUGAGAAAGCCGCAAGAAGAAGAAAUUGUACGGGGGACACACGUUACCUUUGUGCUCCUGAUAAAAAUUUGACUUCACUGAUAGAAUUCUGCACUGACCAAAAAAAUGCUCUUUUCGAAAAUGAUAAUUGUAUAAAACUGGAGGGUUCCGGGUACUUGAAUCACUAUAAAUGCGUUGAUAAAUUCAUCAGUGGUUGUCCAACGACGUAUUAUACUGACGAAGAGAUUUAUAAAUACCCAGCAUGCUUAUCAAUAAACAGACAACUGAUGUGCUUUCGUGCUGAUAAAAAUUGCCAAGAGAAACAUUCUGCAACAACUAAGGCAUACGACAAUGGAACAAGUAAAGACUAUGGAGGAAACGAAAUCAAGCCAGCCGGCUCUGAUACAAUUUCCUUAAAGGUUGCAAUAAUAGUGCUCUCUGUGCUUAUACUAGUACUGUGUGGGAUAAUAAUUUACAUAGAACGAAAAAGGAGAAGAGCAAAAAAGAAAAUAGAAGAAGAUGUAGAAAUUAACGAUUUGCCAUUAAAUGAAAGGACACUUGAAAAUAAGGCAGCUUUAACAGACAAUAAUACAGAUAAUGUAGCAAAAACGAAAAUAGAAGAAGAUGAAGAAAUUAACGAUUUGCCAUUAAAUGAAAGGACACUUGAAAAUAAGGCACCUUUAACAGACAAUAAUACAGAUGAAGGUGUUAAACAAACAGAAAUAAAUGAACAAAAGCUAAGAGAAUUUCUCAGUAAAGGAGAGAUGACAGUUUGUCAUGUUAGAUGCAUAAUAGUUGGCUGCGCAGGCGCUGGCAAAACAACUCUUUUGCGAAGAUUGAAAAAUCUUACCUUUGAAGAAAUAAAAUCCACAGAGUCGACGGAAAUAGUUGACGUCCAUGUUAACUGUUUUGAAGUGCUGGAAGAUGAAGAAACCAUCCAAAAUGUCGAUGAAAAAAAUCAGUUGCCAACAAUUCCUCUUUCUAAAACUGCGAUCGAAAACAACCCAGAGAAAUUAGAAAAAAGUGAGCAAAACCCUAUUAGUAAAAAUAGCAAAAAUAAUACAGAAAACUGCAAAACAGAACAGGAGUUAAAUGAUUUCAUGGAACGUACAGACGAAAAGGACAAAGACGGAAGCGAUUGCUUUGAAGAAGACGAUAAAGGAGCAGUUUUUAAAACUUUAGAAACAAAACAAAGAGAAGCGUUUCAAGGGAAUCAAUUAACAUUCCCUGAAAGAGAUAAAAACGACAACAGUGACAAUGAAGAUACUACAGAGGACACCCCGUUGCUUCUUUUGCCUAAGUGUAAGAUGGAAAUAGCAGAGGAAGGUAAAAAUGAAAAGAGCAGGACACUUCUGUCUAACUCUCCUGGCAAGGCUUUAGCAAAGAGUAUAAGUAACAACUGUUCGUCUCUAUACACCCAAGAAGAAGCUCAUGGAAAAAGUGAAAGCAAUGAAUUCAUUAGAUUUGACGAUGAACGAUAUGCAAUCUUAAAAAUAAUGGACGAUAUUGAAAAGCUACCUAGUGAAAAUCUCACACGUCCAAGGAUUACAUUUUUAGAUUUUGCAGGGCAAAGUUUGUAUUACGCUUUUCACCAGAUUUAUUUAAGUCCAAAAACAUGUUAUAUCUUAGUUGUGGAUAUGACAAAAAAUCCCAGUGAAGAGGUACUUGAAUCUGAUGUGGAUGAAAUAGAUUGUAGUAGAUUCAAAUCCUGGAAAUAUCAAGAUUACCACAAAUUCUGGCUUCAGUCAAUUCACAGUUAUAGUGAAACCACGACGCCAGUGAUAUUAGUAGGCACGCAUGGCGACAAUAUGUCGAAACCAGAAUGUCGUAAAUUUUUCCAGGAAUUUUUCGAUUUUUUUGAAGAAGAUUAUUCAUACUUGAGGAGGCAUCUGCAUCACGAUCGAACUUUUGCAAUCGGAUUUCCGAAAACAGGAUCAGAGUUAGAAAACUUAUCAGACAUUAAGAAAUGUAUUGCAAAGCUUGUUCGUGACUCAAAGUCUUUUGAAGAACAAAUUAGACCAGUGUGGGCAAUAUUCGAACACAUUUUGCAAAGAAUGAAAACACAAAGGAUAAUAUCUCGAAAAGAGUUAUCAGAAAAAAACUUUCAUUUAAGUGAAGAGUUCCGGAUGAAUGAUGAAGAAGUAACAAAAAUGUUGUGUUAUUUACACAGAGUUGGAACUGUAUUAUAUUUUGACGAGAAAGGUUUAAAUGAAACAAUUAUUCUUGAUAUUCAGUGGUUUGUCAAUGCAUUCAAGUCCCUCAUUCAUUUUAAUGUAGAUUUAGAUGACAGCGACUACAGUCGUGACUCUAUCAAAAAGACCGGCGUAAUUGAAGAUAAAAAACUUACAGAAAUAUGGAAAAGCAAAGCGAAGGAGGACUAUAUUUUACAUAAAGUGAAGAUUCUACCUUACAUGGAACGAUUAGGAUUGUUAGCAAUGCAACAUGAAACCAAACCUUGGUAUUACAUCCCAAGUAUGAACAAACAGAAAUUUAAAAACAUGGAUAUGGGAGGUUCAAAGUCUUCGAUUCUUUGUUUUCAGUUUGACGAAAACAAACAACUUCCAGUGUUUCUCUUUUACGGAAUAGUUUUGAAAUGCAUGCAAAUACCAAAAUGGUCUAUUCUACGAGAAAAUGAAAAGAUCUGCUUGUACGAAAACACGGCAUGCUUUUCAUUUCUUAAUCAUAUUGUGGUUGUAUGUCUUUGCAAAUACCAAAUCCAGGUCCAAGUCUGGGUACCGGUGGAAGGAAAAAUUGAUGUUAAUCUUCUUAAAGAAGUUGAGCAAUCCAUUGAGAAAAAAAUACUAGAAUAUAAAGGCUAUAACUACAUUAUUGGAUAUAAAUGCCAAAAUGGAAUGCUGAAUACUGAAAACGACAAUUCAUUCAUUCCAAAAACCGAGUUCCCUGUUUCGAAACACAUUUGCGAAAGGUGUAUAGUUAGUAAGAAGCAUUUCGUCGACACCAAAAUAUGCUGGACACCGACAGAAAAACCCAAAAAUGAAGACACUAAUUGUCCCCCUGAAGCUUAUGAGGAAACAGACGAAGGGUUGGUUUCGAUAAAACAAAUUGAACAGGCAUGUCUUGACGGAAACAUAGAACACUUUAACUUUCAUCUUAAAAGAGAAAUAGGACAAAGACACCAUCUAUUGAUGAGAUCAGAUAAAAAUGGUUGGAAUAUGUUGCACGUAGCGGCAAAAGGUGGCAAUCUAACGAUCUUUUGUAAACUGGUCUCCGUAAAUCUGCAGAUAUGCGAAAAAACACACUCUCAAAUGACGGUUCUUCAUAUUGGUUCAAAAUUUGGUCACUAUGACAUUUGCGACUUUAUCCUAAAAAAUAAUGAUUUCAAAAAAUAUGUCUGCGAAAAAUCCUCAGAUGGAAAAAAUGCUUGUCAUUACGCGGCAGAGUCUGGUUCCGUCAGAUUACUUCGACUAUUGGUUGAUAACGGUAUUGACGCAAAGGCAGUAACUGAAAAGGAACUGAAUAUCUUUCAUAUUGCUUGCAUAUAUAAUCAGUUAGAAAUGGGGAAAUAUAUUUUUGAUAAUUUCAAUGUUCUCGUGGCUGCAAAAAGUAACGAUGAUUGGACUGCGGCUUUAUAUGCAGCGAAAAAUGGUAAUACUGACUUUUUAAAGUUUCUGUAUGAGAAAAAAGUAUGUCUCAAUCACAAAUCUGAGAGUGAUAGAAACACUUUGCAUAUUGCAUGUGACAAUGGCCAUUUAGAAACAUGCAUAUUUUUAACGGACACAUGUCCUUCUCUGUUGUCGGCACCUGACGAAAAAGGAAGGUAUCCCGUCCAUUUUGCCGCCAGAAGUGGCAUUAUGGAACUAUUGAAAUAUCUCGAAACUAAGACAGAGCUGACUAAGGAAACGAGUAAAGGUAUGAACAUACUUCAUAUGGCGUGUUUACAUGACCACAUUGAAAUGUGUGAAUAUAUAUUAGAUAGAUAUCCGAAUCUCAACGUAAAACGCACAGUAAACGGAUGGACAACUGCUCAUUUUGUUGCUGGAAGGGGAAACAACAAGGGUAACGAAAUCGAAAUAUUUAAAAUGCUUAGAAAUGCUGAAAUUCCAGUAGAAAUUAUGCAUCUCAGCAAGCAUGGAAACUCGGUACUGACCUUAGCAAUCAAAUACAAUGUGUAUGAAUUUGCUGAAUAUCUCUUUAGGAACCACCGAGAUAUGUUAAAUAUUCCAGAUGCAAAUAAUCCGUGGGAGACUGGCAAUGAACACCCAAAAAUGUUGGAACUUCUGCAUAAGUAUUUAGACAAGCCUCGUUUUUAAUUUUAUAAAUUACCUGGUAUGUCUGAAAAGUUAAAUU